AUGGCUGGAAGGUGCAGGGAGGGUGAGCACUUUGAUGGACUGACCAAAUCUUGUAUACCUUGUCGCAUGAUGUGCCGGCAGCCACAUGUGAUCCCCAGAUGUGCCAGUUACUGCGAGUCUGCCCUUUGCCUGGCUACACCUGGCCACUACUUUGACCGGCUGGUGAAGAAAUGUGUGAGGUGUGCAAAGAUUUGUGGCAGACACCCUGCCGAAUGCUCCCAGCACUGUUCCACUCUGCCCUCCCCUGUGACCAGCACUCGGCUGCUGGCUGGAGUUACCAGGCGGGUAGUGAACACCAGGGGGCCUCCAGGACUAGCUGACUCCACCAUCCAGCUCUACUCCCUUUUGGCAACGUGCAUGGGGUUGUUGCUUUUCAGUUUGUCUCUAGCUUUGGUGCUGUUUCUGAGAGGAGGGAAGGCCAAAAGCUCAGAAACAAGACCCCACAAGGCCGGUGACCACAAGCAGGAGAGUAUGGUCCAGCCGGGACAGGACUUGGGACAUCCAGGUAGCCAAGCAGCAAGGAGCUCCAAUGAUUGUCCAUCUGGUUCGAACUACUCUUCCUGCCGAGAACCAUCAGAUGACUCCAACCCAGUGGAGACCUGUGCAUGUGUCCACUGCUUCCCUGAUCUGAGAGCGCUCAGCCAGGACAGCGCCCGACCACAGAGAACAGCGUUCUCCUUCUACCAGCAGGCCGUCCUCCACAGAGCCCAUGUCCAAAAGGGAGGUCCUGUCUGGACCAAGGAGAACCUGGCCCGUCCUCAGACUGAGGUCCAGGAGGACGCAGCACUGGGAUGA